AUGCAUGUGUACAUAAAUGUACUUGUAUGUAUAUAUGUGUAUAUGUAUAUAUAUUUAUGUGCGCGUCUAUAUGAGUACAUGAGCACAGUAACACCUUAUCUAGCCAAACCCUUUCUUAACAUAAAUUUUUUAAACGCCGAGGAAAGACCCUUCUGGUUGAGUGACAAAAAUGUCGAAAAAGGUCAUUUAAUUUUUAGUUCAAAAAUUAUUGCAUACCCUGUUUAUGUAGCCCAAACAAUUCACAAAUACAAUCCCUCCAACAUCCCGCAAAUUGCCAUAUUUGGGAGAUCCAACGUGGGCAAAUCGAGCCUAAUAAAUGCUCUCCUCAAUUAUAGGGAUGUUGCUCAGGCGUCUAAAACACCAGGCAGAACGAGGCACCUGUUCGUCUUCAACUUGAUGAGUUACCUUUCUAUUGUUGAUCUGCCUGGUUACGGGUACGCACAGGUGUCGAAAGAAUUACGAAAUAAUUGGUCCAUAUUAAUAGAAGAGUAUUUAAAUAAAGCAAAAAAUUUAAAACGUGCUUUAUGUUUAAUCGAGUGUACAGAAUUGUUUACUCCACAUGAUUUUGUUUUAUUAGAUAUGCUAAUAACAAAAAGAAUUCCAUUUCAAAUAAUAAUUACCAAGAUUGACAAACUAAAAGCACACGAGUUGCAUAAUAUAAUGAUUAAAGUCCUUUCCAUCAUUGAAAAUUAUAAAAAAAAAGUAAAAGUAUUUAAUGAGAGUAGUAGUAAUAAAAAGGGUACUACUCAUAUAAAGAAAGAAACGUAUGAAUUCAAUAUAAAUGAAUACUUGUUCAACGUUUCUAGUUUGAAGCAUUUCGGCAUUCAGGAGCUACGCGCAAAUUUGAGUAUAAUAGCCAUGGAUAGCUUAAACGAGAGGAAUAGAAGAAAUAACGAAGUGAUGAAGUGA